AUAUGCAGCAUGGAUUGUGUAUGCGUGCAGCGUAAUACUAUUAAACUCUUUCAUGCAUUUCGUUUGCCCUAUAACGCUUCUUUUUCGUUUUCUCUUUCCUUCCACUCACUUAGCUUCAAGUAACUCUGUACCAAAACAAAAGCUUCGUUUUGCGCAUUAAAAAUGGCUUCUGUAAAAAGGACUUUGCGAAUAAUCACUAAUCAACAUAUUGUGUCUGGAGAAGCAGUCGCUUUGCAAGACCAAAGCUAUGCUAUGCGUGAAUGGUCCAUUAGAUUGAUGACACUGAAUGAACAUGAUGAAGAGGUGGAUGCUGUUUUCCUUGACCGUGUCACAUACAAACUGCACCCGACGUUUAUUAAUCCUAAUCGAACCGUGAAAAAGCCGCCCUUUCAGAUUGAUGAACGUGGUUGGGGUGAAUUUGAAAUGCAAAUAGUUCUUCACUUUGUAGACAAAGGCGGUGAACAAACAGUGGCACACUACUUGAGCUUUGAAAAGGAAAACUAUCAUGCGGAUCAUGAACUUACAAUUCCUACUCACAAGCCCGGGUUGUGUCGUGCUCUUGCUGCUUCCGGUCCUGUUCCGGGCUACCCAGAAGAACCGGAAGAGACUCGCAAGGAGAAGCGCAAAAACGAAGUCGAAACCACCGGACGAAAGAAAGUCAAGUCGAAGCCGGUUGAUAUGGACAAACUGGCUGAAGGACUGCAAAAGUUACAGGAGAACGAUUUACUCCAAGUGGUCCAAUUGAUUAAUGAAAACAAAACCCCGGAGAUGUUUGUUCAUAAUGAUGUUGAAGCUGGUGAAUUUCAUAUUGACCUGUAUACUCUGCCGGAUAAGUUGCUACUUUUGCUCUUCAGUUUUUGCGCUAAAAGAGUGUCUAUGUAAGCUAUAAUGCAAUAUCCCCCUUAUUUCAGUAGCUUAAGCCGCAGUGCAGCUCUUAUCGUUUAAUUUUUUUCAUGUUUUUAAAUCAAACUUUUCCUCCCC